AUGUUCCAAGUCGAGCCCUCCUCCGUCAUGUUCGCAACCGGCGCCCCCAAAACCCGCUCCACCCGCGCCCGCAAAGUCAUCAAAGAGAAAGCUGCCGCCCGCGCUGAAGAGCGCGAACAAAACCCCGUCAAGCCUGCCCCAAAGCCCUCCAUCCCCGAAAGCACCCGCGCAGAACCCACGCCCAACGAGCUAAAGCAGCAACUCCAGGCCCUCAUGGAGCAAGUCGACGACGUCCUCGCCGAAGACGUGAAAGCAAAAGACAAGCAGAAAUUCCGCGCCUUCAGACAAUCCGUCAAGAAAGCCAUCGGCCUCUGGCGCACCGCCAACCCAGAAACCAUCUCCACCCUCGACACCCAGUUCGACUUCCUGAAGACGCAAAUCGCUUCGCGUUCCGCGCCGUCAUCCUCGCGUGACCCCGCGGAUGCAGAGCCCCUGAUCUCCCAAGAAGACCAAGCGCGCCUGCGCUCCGCCUUUGAAAAGCUGCGCCUCGAGACCGAGCACACAAGCGCGUGGAACCGGAGAAACGUAGCCGCACCGUAUGCGACGCCCUGGCGGCCUAGAGACUACAUGAGUGCGUUCGCCUUCAUACCGCGGUACUUGGAAGUCAACCAGAAUAUCUGCGCGGCGGUAUAUCUUAGACAUCCUGUGGCACGACCUGGGCUGGCAGAGGUGCCGACGCCGUUCCACAUUGAGACGGGGCAGUUGGCGUUUAACUGGUAUUUGAGGAGGAGAUAA